GAGCCCUCUACAGGGAUGUCAUGCAGGAGAACUACGAGACGGUGACCUCGCUGGGAUUCCCCAUUCCCAAACCUGACCUGAUCGCCCGUCUGGAACGAGGGGAAGAGCCGUGGGUCCCGGAUCUCCAGGCCGAUGAGGAAAGGGAGAGCCCGAGAGGAAGCCGCACAGAGGCAGUGACUCCUGUCUGGAUUCUCUCUCUCCCAGCAGGUGAUAGGACAGUGAGUGAGAACAAGGAAGAGAAUCCACAGCAGGAAGGUCCUGAGAAAGUGAAACUGCAGGAGAUAUUUUUGAGAAGAGCUGAAGGGAAUUUUUCCCAGGGCUUGGAACAGGGAAAUGCCUGGGGAGAGCAACACAGAUCAGAGAUGCAGCUAGGAAACUAUCCCAGGAAGAAACUGGAUGAAUCCACUCAACGUGGCAGAGGAUGGAAGGAUGCCAAGGAAGCCACAGUCCAGCAGACAAGUCACAAUGAAGAGAAACCCUACAAAUGCCUUGAUUCUGGGAAAAGAUUCCGUUUCAGUGCAACCCUUAAUACACACUGGAGAACCCAGACAGGAGAGAAGUCCUAUGAAUGCUUGGAUGGUGGGAAAAACGUCAAUAAGAAGCCAUGUCUUCUUAUACACCAGAGAGUGCACACAGGAGAGAGACCCUAUAGAUGCCUCAAGUGCGGAAAACGUUUUGGAAAGAAUUCAUCCCUCAUCAAUCAUGGGCGAAUCCAUAUGGGAGAAAAACCCUAUAAAUGCCUUGAGUGUGGGAAAAGUUUCAUUCAGAGAUCAAAUCUUACUAAACACCAGAAAACCCACAAGGGAGAGAAACCCCAUAAAUGCUUGAACUGUGGGAAAACUUUCAGUCAGCGCUCAAGACUUAUUAAUCAUAGGAAAAUCCACACAGGAGAGAGACCGUAUAAAUGCCUUGAGUGUGCGAAAAGUUUUGUACAUAAUUCAUCCCUUACUAUGCAUGGGAGAAUCCACACUGGAGAAAGACCCUAUAAAUGCCUUGAGUGUGGGAAAAGUUUUCUGCUAAAUUCAUCCCUUACUGUACAUAGGAGAAUCCACACUGGAGAAAGACCCUAUAAAUGCCUUGAGUGUGGGAAAAGUUUUGUACAAAAUUCAUCCCUUACUGUACAUGGGAGAAUCCACACUGGAGAAAGACCUUAUAAAUGCCUUGAGUGUGGGAAAAGUUUUCUGCUAAAUUCAUCCCUUACUGUUCAUAGGAGAAUCCACACUGGAGAAAGACCCUAUAAAUGCCUUGAGUGUGGGAAAAAUUUUAUGGCAAGUUCAUCCCUUACUGUUCAUAGGAGAAUCCACACAGGAGAAAGACCCUUUAAAUGCCUUGAGUGUGGGAAAAGUUUCCACCACAAAACAACCUUUAAUACGCAUCAGAAAACCCACACGGGAGAGAAACCCCAUAAAUGCCUGGACUGUGGGAAAACUUUCAGUCGGCGCUCUCACCUUUCUCGACAUGGUAGAAUCCACAUGAGGGAGAGACCUUAUAAAUGCCUUGAGUGUGGGAAAAGCUUCAGUAAGAGCUCAGAGCUCACCAAGCAUCAGAAAAUCCACAAGGGUGAGAGACCCUAGAAAUAGCCUGACUGCAGGAAAAGAUUCAAUUUGACUUCACACAUCAGUGAUCCACACAACAGAGGGACCUUGAAUGUGGGGGAAGGAUCAUGUGGUUCUCCUGGAGUAUCAGGCAUCCGCAAAUCCGCAUAGGGAAGAAACCUCUGAGACGUUCUCAGUGUGGAAAAUGCUCCAAGUGGAGUUAACACCAUGUUGUACAUCAGAGACUCCUCCACACAGGAGGGAAAUUCUCUCAGGGCCCUGACUAGGGCUGGCCAUGGUGACAAACCCAUUUCUUCAUUCCCACACACAUCAGGGGCAUUUGGCUCCCAAGGAUCCAGCUGCCCAUUGCUGAGGUGAGGAUCCAGCAGCAGCCGAGCAUCAGCUGGUCAGUGACCCUCUGGCUCUGCCUGGUCUAAGCAAACCCCAGGCAGAGGAGGAGAAGCCCCCAUCAGCCCCUCCUCCCUGCUGCAGCCCUGGCUGCUGAGCUGAUGGGCCACAGGUCGGGGAAGGGAGAGAGAGAGAGAAACUCCUCCAGAUGCUCCCUCUGCCUGGCUGAAGUUCCCCCCUCUCCCUUCCCCUCCCAGCCGGGAUCCCCCUGCCAUGGAGAUGAGGAGAAGGACAUUUGGGCCAGGACCCACCUUCAGGCUAGACCCCUGUCCCCUCCCCUAUUUUCCACCAGCCCCUGACCUGCAUCUGUUCCCUGCACUGGCCUUCGACUCAGGAGACCUAAGCUCUGUUCCCAACACUGCCAGCAGCUUGCGGGGUGACCGGAGACAAAUCUGUGCCUUCCAGAGAGGGAAUAAAUGGGGAGUGAUAAUAUCAGCCUCCGUGCGUCUGUCUAGGGCAGGAGAAGGGGUUGGGAUUAGCGAGGGCGUCUCCUUUGUUCCUCCGCCCCUUUUUCUAGUCUGGACUGACCCUGCGCAGUUUAUUCCAAUCCCCUGUUAGCAGAGAGAUGGUUAGAGUCACUAAGGGCCCCCUUUGCAGUGAGAUUGUCUCAGUCCCAGAUACCCUCACAUUGCUCCAGGUUCUGCUGAAAAUCAUUUCCGUUGUGGUGGGGUUUCUCCCUUACGCACCAGCAUUCCAUAGAGUCGAAAGAAGCUGGAGCAGGGACAGCAAAAGAAAGUGGUGUUUGAGCGUCUGUGGUGCUUGAGGGGGAAAGGGUGAGUCCGGGAGAUUCCCUCCUGCCCCGUCAGUCUCACAGAGCAGCCUCUGCCCAAGCCGCGGAGAGUUUAUCCUCUUCCCGUUUUCCCCCUCCACCUUCUUGUGUGUCAUUCACCACAGUGUCCUUUGCCCACCGUGCUUAGGAAUCAGGCUUUGAUUCUCAAUGAGACCCCUGAGGGCUGGCGAAGAAAAUGUCACACGAAUUCAGAUGAACCCCAAAGCACCGUUUGAUCUCCAGCCUCCAGCUAUUGGUAAAGCGGCAUCUGGAGUUUUUCCAGCCAAAUCCAGAUCAUUUGCAGAUACAGAGUUUUGGGUUAGAUUUGUCUUGUUUUUCUCUUAUGAUGAUGAUGCUAAAACUUCUGUCCAUAACACAGCCCAGUAACGCGGCGGUGCUGAGUAAAACACCUUCAGCCUGUUCAGAAGGAAAUGAGUAAAUUUGUUCUCCAGAUUUUGAGUUUUAAGAUUUUCUGGGAUUUCACGUCGUGAAUCAGAAAGUGGCUUGUAACCCACCCUGCAUUGUGGGUGUUUCUCUUUUUGCUGACGGCGGUUCUGUGAUGUAUUUUGAUAUUAAAUUAUUCUGACUGGGAUGGAGCUCAGAGUGCUUGAGGACUUCAAAAGACAAAUGAUCGUUUGCCAAAGUAGGCUUUUCUACUUUUCUUUUCAUGUUUCUCUAGCCUUUGUCAUGAGAUUUUCGUCUUGGAACAAUGAAAAUGACCAGUGCGAGUGCUGGAUACGCACGCCGAGAGUCAGAGACUGAAAUGGGGAAGGAAGUUACGGUCUGAUCCCAGCAGAGAAGUGAGAUACAGUCAGGAGGGGGUGGGUGGGCAGGGCCUUGAAAGGGCCCUGUUUGCUCUUGCGAGCCAGAGAGCUGAGGCUGAGAACUGUGAACUCACUGCACGGGUCCCAGAGAGAGGAAAUGCCCUAUGAGUGCUGGGUGAAGUCGCCCUUGAACUCUCAAUGAUGCCCGAAGAGGACUGAGAUGGAGAGGGGUCACCGUCUCCCCGUUGCUGAGGGUAGGAGGGAGGGCAAAUGCCUCUCUCACGGAUUGUGAGUGGUUUUCUACCAGCUUUUACUUGUUCCUCUUUCCCGGCGGGGCUGGAGCAGGCAUGUGCUGGGCUGGGGCUAUGCCGAACUGGGCAUUGGAUGGGGGCGGGAUUUAGC